AUGCCGCCCAAGAAGCCAGAGCCUAAGAAGGAAGCGGCUAAGGCUGCCCCAGCCCCGGCCCCUGCUCCAGAGCCACCCAAGGAAUCUGCCUUUGAUCCCAAAAGUGUGAAGAUAGACUUCACGGCUGACCAGAUUGAAGAGUUCAGAGAGGCCUUCUCCUUGUUUGACCGGACACCCAGUGGAGAGAUGAAGAUCACUUAUGGACAGUGUGGAGAUGUGCUGCGGGCCCUGGGUCAGAACCCCACCAACGCCGAGGUGCUACGCAUGUUGGGCAAACCCAAGCCUGAAGAGAUGAGUGCCAAGAUGCUGGACUUCGAGACCUUCCUGCCCAUCCUGCAGCACAUCUCCCGCAACAAGGAGCAGGGCACCUACGAAGACUUCGUGGAGGGGCUGCGUGUUUUCGACAAGGCGAGUAACGGCCACAGUCAUGGGCUGAGCCUGCGCCACGUGCUGGCCACUCUGGGCGAGAAGAUGACAGAGACGGAAGUGGAGCAGCUGUUAGCUGGGCAAGAGGAUGCCAAUGGCUGCAUCAAUUAUGAAGCCUUUGUCAAGCACAUCAUGUCAGGGUGA